GCUCCAACCUGGACAGCUUUCCUGUGAAGAUGUGGCCACUCCUGCUCCUACACCUGCUGGCCUUUUUCCUACUCCCAGAGGCAGAGGCAGGGGAGAUCAUCGGGGGACAUGAGGCAAAGCCCCACUCACGCCCCUACAUGGCCUCCCUGAACAUUCAAGGUGAACAGAAGAUGAGGUGUGGCGGGGUUCUUGUGAAAAAAAACCUUGUUCUGACAGCUGCUCACUGCAAUGGAAGGUCAAUCAAUGUUACCCUGGGGGCCCACAACCUCCAGAAGCCCGAGAAGACCCAGCAGGUCAUCAGGGUGAAAAGAGCUGUCCCUCACCCAGACUACAAUGCUAAGGAUAUCUCCAAUGACAUCAUGUUACUGCAGCUGGAGAAAAACGUCAAGCGAACUGACGCUGUGAAAUCCCUCGACCUGCCCAGGGGCAGGAACAGGCUGUGUCCAGGACAGAAGUGCACUGUGGCUGGCUGGGGAAAAGUCGCCCCACAAGGCAGAUUAUCAGACACACUACAGGAGGUACAGCUGACCGUGCAGAAGGAUACAGUUUGUGAGAAGCUCUUUAACCGUCAUUACAACAGGACCAUUAAACUGUGUGUGGGGAACCCGGCGGAAAACAAGGCUUCUUUUCAGGGGGACUCCGGGGGCCCUCUCAUGUGUCGCAAUGGGAUUCAGGGCAUUGUCUCCUAUGGAUUCCGCAAUGGGACAGCGCCUCGGAUCUUCACCAGACUCUCAAGUUUCCUGCCUUGGAUAAAGAAAACCAUGAAAAGCCUCAAAUUGCAGGAGCCAGAUGAUCUUCUCUGGAGCUAAUCCAAAUCACACUGCAGGGAGGGAGGAGGGGUGGUAUCAGCAACCACAUAAAUAAAUAUCUCUCAGCAGAAUGGGAA